AUGGCUGCAACAAGCGAAAACGCGAACAUUACCGGCGUUACACCAAAUGGAACAACGUGGGUAUGUGAACACUUGAUCAAGUUUGAAAGAUCAAAAGGAAUUUUCUUACAAGAUAACCCAUUUAGUUACACAUUGCCAGUGCUAUUUCUACAAACCUCUUUAGCUUCUCUCUUUACCGCAAUUUUACAAUUCGUACUUGCACCACUUGGGCAGAGCAGCUUCGUUCCACAAAUGCUGGCUGGCUUGAUAUUAGGACCGUCGUUUCUGGGAGAAAGCGAGUUUAUAAGAAAAUGGCUAUUCCCACCAAGAACAUUCUACAUAAGUGAGACAAUCUCAUUUUAUGGGUGCAUGCUGUUCUUGUUCUUAAUUGGAGUAAAAAUCGAUCUAGUUCUUAUACAAAAACUAUUCUUAACCCCCGAUCAAGUUAUAUACGAAACCAUAUUUCCCAUUGUACUUAUGUUAUCAACGGGUUCAUUUCACGUUACCGCAAUUCACUUGGCCGAUUUAAAGCUAUUAAAUUCUGAAAUGGGUCGAAUAGCGAUAUCUGCAUCCAUGGUGAGUGGAUCCACUUCAUUAUUGUUGAUUACGACUAUCGUCACGCAGAAACAAGGAACUUUAAUGAAAGACAGUUCUAAUGUAAAUUGGAUGACAAUUUGUUUGCUAGCUAUGAUUGCCUUCACAAUAUGUGUUCUACGUCCCAUAAUGUUGUGGAUGGUUAUUGGAGAACAUUUUACGCUUGGGCCUGUAAUUCUUGGCUUGGCUGUACCUGACGGGCCUCCAUUAGGAUCAGCAUUGACUGAAAGAUUGGAAACAAUGGUGUCAAAAAUAUUUUUGCCAUUGUACUUUCUUUUUUGUGGUGCAAGUUUCAAAUUGUUUUUAAUUGAUUCUCGUUGCUUUGUAACUGUGCAAAUUAUUGCUGUAUUUGCAUUUUUGGGAAAGGUUGGUGGUACUAUGCUGCCUUCAAUUUAUUUGAAGAUGCCACUUACUGAUGUUCUAUCUUUAGGACUACUCAUGAGUUGUCAAGGCAUCACACAAUUACUUUACUUGCAGACUUCUAUAGCCCUUGAAUUUCUGGAUCAAGAAACAUAUGGUAGUGGGUUGAUAGCUCUGGUAUGGGUAACAGGACUAAUCACACCCAUUGUGAAAUUCCUAUAUGACCCAUCUAAGAGAUAUUUGUCCUUAAAUAAGAGAAGAACCAUUGAACAAUCAGCUUCAGAUAUUGAGCUACGUCUCAUGGCAUGUGUACACGAUCAAGAAAACAUACCAUCCAUGAUCAAUCUUCUUGAAAUGUCAAACCCUUCACUGCGAAGUCCUAUUUGUUUCUAUGUCCUACAUCUUAUUCAACUUGCAGGAAGAUCGACACCACUCUUCAUAGAUCAUCAACCAAUAUAUGGGAAGACUAAGUCGUCACACUCUUCUUAUUCAAGACGCAUAAUAAACGCCUUUAGAUCAUAUGAGCAACAAAAAGAGAAUAGUGUGGUUGUGAAAAUCUUCACGUCGAUCUCGCCUUAUGAGACAAUGCAUGAUGAAAUAUGUAUGCAAGUUGCUGAAAAGAGAGUGUGUUUGUUGAUUGUGCCUUUUCAUAGACAAUGGAGACCUAACGGAAUUACAGAAUCUGCACACCCGGUUCGAGCUUUAAAUCGCCAGUUGCUCAGAACGGCACCUUGUUCUGUUGGGAUUCUAAUCGAACGCGGUGCUUUGAAUAGGAACAACCCUUUAACUAGUGUGUCAUUCUAUAGUGUUGGAGUAGUUUUCAUCGAAGGUGAGGACGAUCGCGAAGCGUUAGCAUACGCCAUGCGAAUGGCAAAUCAGCCAAAUGUUAGCGUCACGAUGGUUCGAAUAAUGGAGCCUAGAAAGAAAAAUAAGAACAUGACGAAUAGGGAUCCGAACGGCGAUUUGAUUCAUAGGUUUAAAGUGGAUUGUAUUCAAAUUAAACGUCAUGAUUAUAAAGAGGAAAUAGCAAGAGAUAGUGUUGAAAUGAUAAAUGUUAUAAAGUCACUUGAAGGUUGUUUUGAUUUGAUUUUGGUUGGUAGAAGACAUGAAUGUGAGUCAGGUUUAUUUAAUGGAUUAUCUGAAUGGAAUGAGUAUCCAGAACUUGGUCCUAUGGGAGACAUGUUAGUGGCUUCAGAUUCUACUUUUGAUGGUUCUGUUUUGGUGGUUCAGCAGCAAAAGAGGUCAGGGACUGGUUAUCAUGAUUUGCAUCUAGAUUCCGGUUUCGUGACAAGACAAGAAAGCUUGACCAUUGUGGAAGUACCUCAUGAUAGAAAGGUUUGGCCAAUGGUUUAA